AUGUCUGCCAAAGCCCAAAACCCUAUGCGUGAGUUGAAGAUCGAGAAAUUGGUCUUGAACAUUUCUGUCGGUGAGUCCGGUGACAGAUUGACCAGAGCCUCCAAGGUGUUGGAGCAGCUGUCCGGUCAGACCCCAGUUCACUCCAAGGCUAGAUACACUGUCCGUACCUUCGGUAUCAGAAGAAAUGAGAAGAUUGCUGUGCACGUCACCAUCCGUGGGCCAAAGUCUGAGGAGAUCUUGGAGAGAGGUUUGAAGGUCAAGGAGUACCAGUUGAGAACCAAGAACUUCUCUGAGACCGGUAACUUCGGUUUCGGUAUCCAGGAGCACAUCGACCUUGGUAUCAAGUACGACCCUUCGAUUGGUAUCUACGGUAUGGACUUCUACGUGGUCAUGGGCAGACCUGGCGGCAGAGUGUCUAGAAGAAAGAGAUGCAGAUCCACCGUUGGUAACUCGCACAAGACAUCCAAGGAGGACACCAUUGCUUGGUUCAAGCAGAGAUACGACGCAGACGUGUUGGACAAAUAA